AUGGCGGAGUCUACACCUGCCACCAUCUCCUACGCCAAGGUUGUACGGAAAGAUGAUGGUGUCGAGGUGAAACCGUCGAUCGUUAAUCAAAUCCCUGAAGUUGAGAAGACUGUAGCCGCCGAAUCUGCUGUUAAUGAUCCUAAUUACGAAGAUAUGGAAGAAGAUGAAAGCUUCAGGAAGCGAAAAGCCCGUGGAGGGAGGAAGAGUCGAGGAAGGCGAGAUGAAAAGGAGGAUGCUCCUGGCAAGGAGACAACCCCUGUCAGUCCUAACCUUACCCUGGAGAAGGAGGCAGACCCUGUAGUAUAUGUGGAGGCCCCCCUGCCCAAGGUCAACCCCUGGAAGAAAUCUGUUACUCCGGACCCUCCAGGAUUAAACAACGGUGAACCCAACCUGGAAACAUCUAAACCUGUAGCUGAAACUAAACCUCUUGCUGAAACUUUAUCUGUUGCCGAAACUAAACCUGUUGAACCUAAACCUGUCACUAAACUUUCCGCUCCUAAACCUGAAAAGGAAUCUAAUAAAAGAAAUGAACCCCGAGGAAAAAGGGGACCAAGAGAGGAGAGAAGGGUGAGCAAGAGGGAGGGGAAAGGAGAUAAAGAACCUAAGGAGGUGAAGGUAGAGAAGGAGGUGAAGGUUGAAGAUGUGAAGGAGAAGAAGAAGGUGCUACCUCCUGCCCCUAAAUCAAAUCCUUGGAAGAAAGUUCCUGGGUCGGACCCUCCAGUAUCCAUUAAGGAAGCGGAGCCAAAGAUCAUAAAAUCUGAUCCAAGUGUAAACAAGAAGGCUAGUGAUUUCAGUGCCUGGCCCGACCUAAGCGAACAACCAAGGAAGAGAACUGGCGACAAAACUCGACCUUUGAAGUCUAAGAAAACUGGCGACCUAACGGAGACGACCGGAGACAGCGGAGCACUCUCUGGGAUGGAGACCAAUUCCGACACUAAGGAAAAUCAGGCCCCGUCUAAGAGUGGAGAAUCUGAUGCUAAGAAAAGGAAGAGUAAAACUGUGAAAAAACAGUGGACAGUUGUUCCUCUUGACAUCUCUAACAAGAAGAAACCUCGAAGAAACAAUACACUCAAAGACACAAAAAAUACCCGUGAGGAGGAACGGAAUCGUCGGAACCGUAGAUCCGGCGGAACAGUCUCUAAACCAUCCUCGAGACUGAAGAAACCGGUUAAAUCUAAACCUCGUCGUAUCUCGGGGGAUGAAUUCUUCACCUUCAGUCUAGACGGUCUCCUUCCAGCCUAUGGAGACCCCAGCCAGGAUCCAACAUUUGUAACCCCUGUCCUGGGCACAACCUACUACCACGACACAAUCAACGCCAGGAUGAACGACCAAGUGUCGGAGGACGUUCUCAAGAACUACGUCAAGCAUCAAAUUGAAUAUUACUUCUCUUUGGAUAAUCUGCAGAGGGACUUCUUCCUUCGUCGGAAAAUGACUCCUGAGGGGUAUCUUCCCAUCUCUCUUAUUGCCAGCUUUAACAGAGUGCAACAGUUGACACAGGAUAUAACAUUCAUCGUUUCAAGUUUGGACAACUCUGACGUAGUGGAGGUCAAAGACGGAUUGCUGAUUCGUCCUCUAUACGAGCCUGAGUCCUGGCCCUUGAAGUCUACAGAUUUGAACCCAGAUGUGCCGGAAUUUAUUCCAACAAUUUCUACCUCCACUGCUCCUCCUAAACCUGCAGAGGAUAAUGGUGAGGAUGAGGAUACUGCUGGAACAGAUGGAGAUGAUGAAAGUGAAGAAGAUGAGAAAAAGGUGGUUCCUGCCAAGCCCGGCCUCCAGUUGAAGGAGGAGAAAGGGGAUGUAAGGGAAGGAAUGGAAAAACUGUUGGAAUCUCGAACUCUACCUUCUCCUACCCCGCCUCCUGAAUGGAAGGAGGUUAGGAAAAGGAGUAAAGAGGAACGGAAAAGUCUUCCCAAGGAAACUGAAGGUAAAUCUGGUGGAGAUCAGAGAGAAGAAUUGGAUUUCCAGUUUGAUGAAGAGAUGGAUUUCCCUGCUGUAAAAAACAACACGUAAGCAGAC